GUGACGCAAAGUAGGCCACAGUCUCCUGGCUGAACACGAGACAAACAUGGAGUCCACACCGCCUCUUGAAAACAAGGCUAAAGAAGAGAAGUCUAAGCUAGGAAAUCUAAUCAAGGUCAACAUUGUGUUUCUUGUUUACCAGCUGUCUGUCAAUGUCCAUGAUCCAGUGUUAACACAAUACCUUUACCAGAGGUACUCGGACGAGGUGUUCGGCAACAGCACAAAGUCAGCCAGUACUGCUAAUCAAACGUCCAAGUGUUACGUCAAUGAGUCGGAUCCAGGAUACCUGUUACAGGAAAGGGUUCAGGUUCUUACUUCCAACUGUCAGACAAUACUCACAGCUAUCGGAAACUCUACAGCGUUAAUUAGCUGUAUGUUCUUGGGGGCGUAUUCUGAUUUUCUUGGUCGACGAUUUCUCUUCAUAUUACCUUUAGUCGGCCAGAUUCUGAAGAAUGUAUUGACGAUAUUUGUUAUUUACUGGAUUCUGGAUCUGAAAUACCUGUACGUUAGCGAGGUGAUUGAAGGUGUUUCGGGAGGAUAUAAUGGUGUGAUUCUGGCUACCUAUGCCUACACGGCUGACAACACACCACCUAAGAACUCACGGACAGUUGGCAUCGCUGUGCUAGAUUUUACCACCUACCUAGCAGCCGCAGUUUCCGAAGUUAUUACUGGAUACUUCAUCAAAUACCUAGGUUACCUCUACCCGUCCAUAACUACGACUUCGCUAAUGCUUCUGUCACUAAUUCUUGUCGUUGUUCUUCUUCCUGAAACUAUCAACAAAGACAGAAGAUCCCAGUACCCAUCUCCGGUGAAGGCGGUGAAAAAUGUUUUUGGAUUCUACUUUUCAAAAGAUUUUGGACAAACAAGAAGUCUUUUCUGGCUUUCGCUGACAGCGUAUUUCAUAACAUAUUUUAGUUUGAGUGGUGUCUUUUUUCUGGAGUAUCUUUUCCAGCUGAACCUGCCAUUCUGUUGGGGACCAGAGCUCAUCGGCUAUUUCAAUAUGGCGUUGGCCCUUUCCAGACAAAUUCUUGGGAUUCCAGUCAUCAAACUACUUCAUUUAUGCACCUCAGACGCAGGACUAUGUAUCAUAACAUCUGUCAUACUGGCCGUAUCCUACGUCCUAAAUGGUGUGGCCAACACUGACGUCAUGCUCUUCCUGUGUGUUUUGCCCAGUGGUAUUGCAGCUCCUUUGUUGCCAGCACUGCGGGCUAUCAUGUCACGGAUGGCCCCUCCUGAAAUGCAGGGAUCACUGUUUGCCGGUAUCGGACUUGUGAACAUCAUCUCAUCGGGUACUGGGAUGAUAAUUUUCAACGAGAUGUAUAAUGCCACUGUGAAGAUGCUCCGUGGAUUUGUCUUCUUCGCCGGUGCGGGAUGCCAACUGUUGUGUGCAGUUAUCAUAGUAGUGUUCUUGUGUAUCUCCCGCCGCAGGAGUGUAACUGAUACCUCCACUUUUGGCCUCAAUGACUGAACGCCAGGCCUCAUCAUCUACCAACACAAGUCUGUCACCGACACGACCAUGUGGCUGUCACGCGACUCGCGUGCCGGGGGGUGUUAUGCAACAC